AUGAGAUAACACUCGCCUGAUAAGAGCAGGAGCCUGUGUGUUGUAACGUUAGCCUGUGUGGAGAGCAAAGGUCCUGUUUACAGCUGAUGCACUGGGUGGCAGCGGGGACAGGCAGCGGGGUUAACCGUACUCGUUAGCUCGGCAGGACUCGCAUCUCGAUCCAUUAUGAAUUUCUUCCUGGAAACAAUCCAAGUCCUCCUGUUGUCCAUUUGGUACAAUGUGGAAUCUUUCAUCCACCUCUUUGUGCCCAUGAAGAAGAAGAACAUAUCUGGUGAGGUGGUGCUGAUCACGGGGGCAGGCAGUGGGAUCGGCCGCCUCAUGGCUCAGGAGUUUGCAUCUCAUGGCACUGUGGUGGUGCUGUGGGACAUUAACCAGGAGGGGAUGAAGGAAACGGCUAAACUGGCCAAACAGAACGGAGCCACCAGAGUCCACUACUAUCUGUGCGACUGCAGCGACAAGAAUGAAGUCUACAGAGUGGCUGACCAGGUGAAACGAGAGGUGGGCGACAUCAGCAUUCUGGUGAACAACGCUGGGAUCGUGACGGGAAAGAAGUUCAUGGAUGCUCCGGAUUCCUUGAUUGAGAAGACAAUGGAGGUCAACAGCAUGGCUCACUUCUGGACCUACAAGGCCUUUCUUCCUGCUAUGAUUGCCAACAAUCACGGCCAUCUUGUCAGCAUUGCCAGUUCUGCUGGACUCAUCGGAGUUAAUGGAUUGGCAGACUACUGUGCCAGUAAGUUUGCAGCAGUAGGUUUUGCAGAGUCAGUGGGUCUGGAGCUGCUGGCAACUGGGAAAGAUGGCGUCAAGACCACCAUUGUGUGCCCGUACUUCAUCAACACUGGGAUGUUUGAUGGAUGUCAAACGAAGUGGCCAACACUGCUGCCAGUCCUCACUCCAGAUUAUGUAGCCAAGAAGAUCGUCCACGCUGUGCUCACAGACCAGGUCUACCUGCUGCUGCCCAAGAGCAUGUACCUCAUUGCUGCUCUCAAGAACGUCCUCCCCAUGAAGCAGGGAAUUCUGCUGGGCCAGUACCUGGGAGCCUUCAAUGUCAUGGACCAUUUCAGGGGACGCUUGAAAAAACAGGACUGAGAGAGGAGAAGAAGAAGAAGAAGUGAAGGAUGACUGAAAUGGAAGGAAAAACAAAUGGGAGUAUUUAAGCCAAUCCACAUGACCACCUCUUUUAAUCUUAAUCUUCUAGUGUAUAGCUGUAAUAAUACAGAACAGCAGUAGUCCAAAAGGUUGGACUGACUACAAAUUGAAUACAAAUACUAAAUGUCUAUUAUCUCUAUAUCUUACAUAAUAUAACAAUGUAUAAUCCAUCUUUUAAGCAUAAAUAUCCUUCAUGUUUUUUGUUUUUAAAUUACAUUAUUAUGAGUGACUGUCACUGAAACACACAUUUUCAAAGAUAAGCUUUCAAUGUUGGUGUCAGAAACGAAUGCAAGUGCUCAUAAAUUCAGCCAGCCAGUGUUCAACCAAUCCUGAUGAGGUACACAGGUAUCAUCAAUCAGGAGCAGCCAAGACAAACACUUACUUACAAAUGAGUCAAAACUCAGAUGUGUCAAAUGUCUUCUGAAAUUCACUAAUUCAACAUGAAAUUCUAAUGUGUGUGUGUGUGUGUUUUGUGGUGUGUUCUUCCACAGCAAAUACCAAACCAAAGAAUGUCGUACGGUAGCUACAGCUACCAUUGCUUCAGGGUCGUAAAAAUUAGCUGCAUUCAGCUUCUGCUUGAAAGAGAGAUAACUAUAUAAAUUCUUCUCAUGUGCAAGCUCUUCUCUUUUGACUGUGGUAAAAUCACUGUACAUUAUGCUAAUCAGUCUCCUAGCAGGAGAAGACACACAUUUCUGACACAUGUUCAUCAUGUUUCAUUUCAUCAUUUAUGUGGGGGUUUUUAAGACACACCUUUUUUUUUUUUUUUAGAGUUUUGUUGUUAAUCUGGUUCAUUGUCAUUUCAUAUUAAAAACCAAGCACCUGGACCAAGUGCUCAUACUCAGGUACAGUGAACCCUACUACAAGUGUUUCUUAGAUGUGUUAUACCUCACCUUUUGGAGCUUGGGAUCUGAUGGUCCAGACCCCUCAAAGCUCAAAGGCACUUCAGACUGAACAUGAUGUGAAGUUUCACCUUGUGUUAUUUCAGUGAGUUUGAAAGCUCGAUUGUUUUUUUAUGUCUGUCCGUAAUUUCAAACAGCAGAUGUACUGACCGUCUAUAGACAGUCAGUACAUUAGCUAGCACUGUACUAGCUAGCUGCGUGCUAGCAUGAUUUUCAUGAUUUUGCAAGUUUGCUCCUGCUCGGUCGUCCUUGUAUAAACUUUGGUUUUGCUUUGACUUUACAUGAAGUCACGCCAAAAUUUCCUCUGCAUACAGUCUGAACACACCUUUACAUUAUAUUAUCCUCACACUAUGCACUCACAAUACAUUUUGAGGCACCAAGACAAACUUGUCUCAAACUGAGUUAAUGUCAGAAAAGUUAGCAUUAAAUUAGCAGGCGCUAAGAAGCAUCUGUAAUUUCCUUAUAACUUCAGCUACAUCCAUUAGCUUUUCAUUUCCGACAGUGAGAUUCCUCUUCUUGAUUCAGGUCAUCGGGCUAAUGCUAAUUUGAAAAGCUUAAAUACUGUUUACUUACGUACUACCAACAUUCAAAGCUGUAUUUUAACAUUACAACAAUGCAUAUAAUGUAUUCAGCAGGUAGGCUGAAGUAAUAGUUUUUUAAUUGUUGUUGUUGUUUUUUGUUUUUGAAGUAACAGCCAUAUAUUUUGCACUCAAAACAUCUGCAUUUACACAUACAUUUUAAUGGUUCUAUCUUGUAAUAAUCUGUAAUGGUAAUAUAUUAGAGUCUAUGAUACAUGUAUCUGGGUACAUACCUAUCAUGAAUCGUUUUAACCUGUUAUUGUUAAUGUGUCAUUAUGUCAUUUGUAAAUGAUUGCCAUCAUAUGAGUAGGUGAUUUGUAGAAGUUGAUAUCUUGAACACACAUUCUGUACAAGAACUUAAUUAUUGAUAUAUCUGUGAGGAGUGGAGUUCAGUUAAGAGCACACACCUGUUGCCUUAAUCAUGCAAACUGUUAAAAAGCUCAAAAAGAAAAUACCGGAAAGAAUGUCAGGAAUGUAGAGAUUGUUUUUAGUAUGUAAUGGUACAUUUUUGUGGAUAUUCUGUGUUUUCAGAGCUAUCUCCAAGUGUUUGGAAAUACUAGAGAAACACAAGGAACUGUCAUUUUGAAAACUCAAAUCAUUAAAUUUUCCCAUUUCAAAUG